AUCCUUCUAUAUAUAUAUAUAUAAACCGAUUUAGUCUCACACUCGCAAAUCUUCCUUGAUUUCCCUUAACGAUGAAAAACUCCAUGGUGCUUGUAGCGGCAGCUUUUCUUUGCCUUGCCGCUUUUCCGACCACAACCGUCGGAAAAUAUUGGCCAAAAAUCGAAGGAUGGCCAAAUCCGUCUGAAAUCUCUAGAAACGAACUGAUGUUUUUGAACACUGGCCAUAGUUUCAGCUAUGGAGAUUCCAAAGUCUGGAAAUGUACUUAUAGCAACGGAUCUGCUCCAGCCAUCUCCAUUUCUCCAUCAACGCCCUUUCCGUCGACUCCAUCAAAACCGUCUCCUCCUCCUCCAGCUUCCAAAAAGUCUCCGCCGCCACCAACGCCCAAGAAGUCUCCAUCUCCGCCUUCAACACCGUCUCUUCCACCUCCAACGCCCAAGAAGUCUCCAUCUCCGCCUCCAACGCCCAAGAAGUCUCCAUCUCCUCCAACACCGUCGUCUCUUCCUCCGCCAACGCCCAAGAAGUCUCCAUCUACACCUUCAACACCAUCUCUUCCACCUCCAACACCCAAGAAGUCUCCAUCUCUGCCACCAAGUGAUGAUCACUCAUCAUCUCCAAUAAAUCCACCUCCGGAGCAUCGCCAUCAUCAUCAUCAACAGAAUCCAUGGGAACACAUGGAGAGCUGUAUGAGAAACAUGGGACCUGUUGGGAUGUGUCGGAUGCAGAUGGAGGUCAGUUUCUACACGAGGUUGUUUAGUGUUAGUGACUAUUGUUGCAACCUUGUUGUCAACAUGGAAAGUGAAUGUGACGACGUCGCUUGGGGAUUCUUCAACGAUCCUUUCUUUGUUCCUCUUGUUCGUUACACUUGCCAUGUCACCUGCUAGUUUCUCUUCUUUCUUUGGUUUUUUUAUAUUUGUUUUCUUGUUUUGGUUCGUUUAGUAUUUGUUUUAUGAUCAUAUCUAAUGAACGGAUCUUUUGUUCAGUAGAAUCAAUGAAUAAUUAUCUAUUUCUUCUC